GCCGCUAUAAUUACCGAGAAUUGUCGCUCGUUCGACUGAUAAUCUAUCAAUCAAUUGUCCGGAUACCUAGUACUUCGUGCCGAAAAACUUUUAAGCCUACCGAAAGUGAAAGUUGAGCAUUAUUACCCAGCCUUUACACCAUGUCUCGUGUAGCGGUGGUAACUGGAGGGAACAAGGGGAUUGGUCUUGCCAUUGUCAAGGGACUUUGUCAGAAGUUUGAUGGCAUCGUCUACCUCACUGCUAGGGAUGAGACUAGAGGACUUGCCGCAGUUGAACAGCUCAAAAAAGAGGGUCUCAAUCCAAAAUUUCAUCAACUCGACGUUACCGACGACUCGAGUGUCAAUAAUUUCAAAAAGUAUCUCAGCGACACUUACGGAGGCCUCGAUGUACUCGUUAACAAUGCUGCAAUCGCCUUCAAGAACAACGCAACUGAUCCAUUUUUCUUUCAAGCAUCCGAGACCGUAAAAGUGAACUACUUCAGUUUGGUGAGAGUUUGUGAGGCUCUGUUUCCGCUCCUCAAGCCCCACGCCAGAGUUGUUAAUCUUUCCAGCAGUGCUGGUCAUCUGUCCAGAAUACCGGGAGCUGAAUUGAAGGCUCGAUUUGCAAACCCCGACCUCACCCAGGAUGAACUCAACCAGAUUAUGAACGAAUUUAUCGAAGCGGCAAAGACCAAUUCCCACCAGGAAUCAGGAUGGGUCAACAGCGCCUACUCGGCUAGCAAAGUAGCCGUUUCUGCUCUGAGUCGUAUUCAGCAAAAAAAAUUCGAUAAAGAUACCAGAGAGGAUCUCGUCAUCAAUGCUGUGCACCCUGGAUACGUUGAUACCGACAUGACGAGCCACAAGGGACCCUUGACCCCUGAGCGGGGUGCGCAAGCUCCAAUCUACCUGGCACUUUUACCAAAGAAUACUGACAUCAAGGGAAAAUAUGUCUGGCACGACAACACUAUCAUCGAUUGGGUCAACGACACCCCGCCCGCUCCUUAUUAGACGACUCUUGCUCUUUUUUUGUGGACUUGACUUUUAAAGACAAGAAUGUCCGUUGAGAAUAUCAGUCUGCACAUUCCAUAGUUCUUGGCAGUAACAGUCCGGAAGGCAAAUUUCUAUAAUUUGUUGAUCAGUGCCUUAAAUCUGACAGUAAUAGAUAGAUCCACAGGGUCAUUCACUUGUUGCUGAAUACGAAUGCGACUGACACAGCCGUUC